GAAAUAGAUAACGAAACACGAUAAAAAGGGAAAAAAAUAAGAAAGAGGAGUAAGAGAAUAAGGAAAGAAGAAUAUGAUAAGAAAAGAAGAGAAGGAUAUAGCCAUAGGUAAGUGUUCACCCUCCCACACAGAUAUGGUUUACACAGGAGGCUGCAUUGUUUACCCCGCGCCGGGAGGAAGAUACGGUUACUAGCGUCACGUGACACCAACGGGCUCACAUAUCCACUCUGCCAACCAUCCAGCAACGCAAAUUUACCUUUACCCUCAAAUAUAGAAAUAAGUACCAUAGUGUAAAGAUCAAGGUUUUAUUUAUAUUUUAAGUGCAUUUUUGGCAGUUUAUUAACAUCGCGUGGGUGUGUGACGCGCGUUUUUGUCAGUUUCCUAACUUUCCGUUCAUCCUCACUCCCGUAUCGCUGGUCUUGUCACAUGGGAGUUCAGUCGUUCAGGCUCAGUGUUGCUCAGGACGUGACGGAGGAAGGGUGUGUCGUGCUUGCUCCGGCCACCUGGCUCGUGGUGUUUGGUUUAGUGUUAAUAGGAUUUCCGUUCAUUCUUCCUUUGCGCGAGCCUGCAGAGAAUGGGGCAGGCAGGAUGGGGAAGUUACUGAGCAAGAUCUUCGGCAACAAGGAGAUCCGAAUCUUGAUGCUGGGGCUGGACGCGGCCGGCAAGACCACCAUCCUGUACAAGCUGAAGCUGGGCCACUCUGUCACCACCAUACCAACUGUUGGCUUCAAUGUGGAGACUGUCGCGUACAAGAACGUCAAAUUUAAUGUUUGGGACGUGGGCGGGCAGGACAAGAUCCGGCCCCUGUGGAGGCAUUACUAUACGGGCACCCAGGGACUCAUCUUUGUGGUGGACUGCGCUGACCGGGACCGUGUGGACGAGGCGCGGCAGGAGCUUCACCGCAUCAUCAACGACCGCGAGAUGAGGGACGCCAUCAUCCUGGUCUUUGCCAACAAGCAGGACCUCCCAGAUGCCAUGAAGCCACACGAGAUCCAGGAGAAGCUGGGCCUGACCAGGAUCCGUGACCGCAACUGGUACGUGCAGCCGUGUUGUGCCACCACUGGGGAUGGCCUGUACGAGGGGCUCACCUGGCUCACCAGCAACCACAAGUCGUGAUGACUGGGCGACGCUACUCCCACUCCCACUCCUCCUACUACUCUUCUCACUCCCACUCCAUCAUCGCCCCUUCCUCCUCCUCCUCCUCUGUCAUCUUAGUCGGCGCCCUCGCCCAGUCGGCAGGAAGGCUUGGCGCUGCCGCUGCCUCUGCCCCCCUGCCAGGGUGACGCGUCAUGGUCCGAUGUUUGUGUUGAGACGGUACACUCAGGUCUCCCUCCAGCCACCACUGCUGCUUCCCGCCCGCCGCCGCACCAGACAAACAGGGCAGGGUUAACACAAGCCAGGCCAAGCCAACGCACAAGGGAUGCUGAGUGUGUGGAAGGGCAGGGUGGGGCAGGGCAGGACAGGGCAGGGCAGGGCAAGCUGGCCUGGGUGCUGACAGACUGUGGGGCAGCUGUUGCCUGAAGCCCAGCUGCUCGUGUAUUUGUGUGCGUGUGUGUGUGUGCGGAGGAAGUGGACUGAGUGCACACCAGAGUCAGAAGAGUGGUGGUGAGGGACAUUUAUAUAUAUAUAUAUAUAUACAUACAUAUAUAUAUAUACAUUAUAUAUAUAUUUUUUAUCUCUGUUCUUUGAGUAUUAAGGUUUGAACAAGACUGCCAAAUGGUUAGAAUGAUCUCCUGUAGUCCAGAGUCAGUAGGAACUUGUCUCUUCAAUGGUUUAUCUCUUCCUUUCCUGGUACGUACGUAUGUAGUCCGUUGAACAUUGGUGAACUGACCAGACAAAAUGUAGGAAAAGACUAAAGCUGCUCACAACACGAAUCAAAGGAAAACACAAUCGGCGGUCCAUCGCGGCCUGGCAACCCACCACAGCAGUCCAGGCAGCGUCGUGUCACGGCGGCGGCGCGACACUCUCACUAGUUGACGACAUUUUCCGUUUAGCGAGACGACACAGAGUUACCACCGUCGGGUGACUCCCUCUCGGGGCUUGACCCUCGUACCGCGGGGCAAGCGUCGGGGCAGUGGGGCCACUCAUAUUGAUGUGUGCCCCUCAGCGCCGCCCCACCCCGCCCAGCACCCCGGGGUUUGUUAUUGUGAUGUCCUAUCUCACUGGUUCUUCCUGCGCACAAAGACAGCUCCAAGCACUGCACUGAUUACCUUAGUGUCCCGUGCUGUAUAUAGCGUCCCAGGUGCUGCUCCCCUCCCCUGCUCACCACACCAUGAAUUCUUCCUUUGCCUUCCUUCACUCCUUGGAAAGUCAAACCUCAUGAGACCCCCCCCAUGUCCUCUCCCUCUUCUUAUUCCCUGGAAAGUCAAGGUACCUCAUGAGAUAUCUGUGUCCUCUCCCUCUCCUCUUCACUCCCUGGAAAGUUGAACCUCAUGAGACCUCUGUGCCCUCUCCUUCUCCCUCUCCCUCUCCUUCUCACACCUUGGAAAGUCAAGUUACCUCAUGAGACCUCCACCACACCAGGGCUCCUCCUCCUCAUCCUCUUCAUUGCCUUGUGUGGUCAUGGCACAUCUUCCCCUUGGUGUGUGAGGCGUGUGUGGGAGCGCAGUGCUGUUAUUUAUGUACACGUCUUUUUCCGGCGUUCUUUUUUUCCUCGGUAAUAUCACCCUGAUAGAUGCAUAUUUCUUAUUUUCUCCCCUCCCCUUUCCUCCCCCUUGUAAAUAAUACGCAGAGAUAGUACUACUAUUACUACUACUAGGCGGGGCACAAACUGCUUAUGUCGGUGUGGACGUGAUUAUCCAUGUCAGAGCCUCAAAAUGCCAGCAGAUUCAUGCACUUCUGAGAGAGUUUAUCUUUUUUUUUUUUUUUUUUUUUUUUUUUUUUUCUACUAUUAUCGGUUAUUUGGCUUCCCUCGUGCUGCAUUCCAUCGCUUGCCGCUAGACUUGAUACAGUGACUGGCCAAGGCGUCAGUGUCACUGCUCCUGCACCUGAGGGAGAGAGAGAGAGAGAGAGAGAGAGAGAGAGAGAGAGAGAGAGAGAGAGAGAGAGAGAGAGAGAGAGAGAGAGAGAGAGAGAGAGAGAGAGAGAGAGAGAGGAACAGGACGAGUUUAAGUGAGUGAGUGAGUUAGUUAGCUAGAUUCACUCGUUACGAAGUGGGGUUAGGCUAGUAGUGUUUCAGGGGCCCUGUGUGGUCGUGUUUAUACCUAACGAGGCUGGAAGGAAGUGCGUUUGCGAUUAAGGACGUGCUUUGCCGUGCUGUACAUAGAGUUAGAGAGCGGGAGAGUGCGCGUGUGAGUGCGUGAGUGAGUGUACGAGGCAUGCAGGAGACUUUAUCAUUCAGCUUUCCCCAGUGUGUAUUAAUUCUUUUCUCAUUGAUUCAUCAUUUCCUUUGUGAACUUUUUGAUGUAUGUAAAUGUUGGUUUCCUUGCCCCCUCACCUCUCCUGCAUAUUUUUCUGUAUAUUUUUUGAGUACGAGAUGCGUGGGUCGUAUGGCUAAGUAAGACAUGUGUUGGUUUAUAUAUAUAUAAGAGAUUUUUUCACCCAAGCUACAUAAGUACAGAUGUUGUCCUUUUCUAGUGGACAUGACCUAAUGUGUGUGGGUGUUUAUGUAUGUUUGUGUGUGUGUGUGUGUGUGUGUGUGUGUGUGUGUGUGUGUGUGUGUGUGUGUGUGUGUGUGUGUGUGUGAGAGAGAGACUCCAGAUGUUAAUAUUCAUGCCUCACAGAGUUGGAUGACACUAGGCAACAGUGAUGGAGAGGAAAUUAGCCAGGAUCAGGCAGGUGUGGUGAGAAGUAAAGUAACCUGCCACACUCCCUGUCUGUGUGUAGCGUUUUCAUCGAAUCUUGUCCAUCCUUUUCCCAGACACUGUCCACUCCACACUCAAUUACCAUCUGUUCCUUCACUCCUCAGUCUCUCUUCUUCACUCUUUCAUUGAGUACAGUCUGCCACAGUUACUUCCUCUUUGUUAAAUGUCUUCAUUGCAUCUUGAGCCCCCUGGUCUUAGAAUCCAUCACUUCCCAGGCUUUGCAAAGAGACUCAACAGAUCAGAGGAGCUAAGAUUGACAUUGAUUGAUUGCAGUGGAAGUGAGUCUGGUAUGCUUCACUUUCUACCUGUUUAGUGUCAUUGUGUCUUAAACCCCUUGAUUUGCUAAGUCUGUCUCUUGUCAAGCUUUGUAAAGAGACUCAACAAAUGAGAGGGGCUAAGAUUGACAUAAAACAGUGUAGUAGAAGUGAGUCUGGUAUACCUCUCUUUCUCUCUGAUUGGUGUUCUUCAUUGAAUCUUGCUGAUCUGUUGAGAGCCUAUUAGUUGUCAAGCUCUGCAAGGAGAUUACAAGAAGGUCACAGAAACUAAGAUUGAUAGAAAACAGUGCAUUGACAGUGAGUUUGGUGUGUUACUUGAGUUCUCAUCACGUCUGUGCCUCUCGGGUGAAGCUUCAUACAAAAAUUAAGCGAUACUGUUCAGUUAUAUGUGUCAUUUGUCAUAAAAAUAUAUAUACUCAAAAAUAUAUAUAUAAUCAGGACGCAUCACAUGUUUAUAAGAGGUUUUUGCAAUGUUCACACAUAUUACGAUGUUCAAAUUUCUAUAAUGUGGCUUGCCUGCUCUUAUUUUUUUUUUAUAUAUAUCAAUCCCUGUAAUUAUGUGUUUUUUUUUUCAGAUGUAUAAAAAAGUUGUGAUUCCUUGUGUGUUUAAAAAAGACAUAUGCAAAUCCUCUUGUUUGUCAGAUGUUUAUAAAAAAAUAAUAAUCUUUAACAGUGUUCAUCAGAUGUUUAAAAAAAGUCUACAUUGCUAUGGGUUAUCAGAUGUUUACAGAAAUCAUUGUUUUUACUCAUCAUACUGUCAUCAUUUGGUCAGCUUUGUACUUGUGUUGUGUCACCCUUUGCCUGGGGAGAAGAUUGAGUCCUGUGACCCUUUGAGAUUAGUGACCAUUAACUAGCUUGUUGAAGGAGUCAGAAGAGAGACAGACAGACUGACAAAGAAUGAGGCAUGUUUCCUAUACUAGAGGAAAUAGGGAGAUAGAGACAGAAAUGAGGAAAAAAUAGAUAGAAGAAACACAUAGAAAAGGACUAAAAUGUAUAAGAAAUAGAAGAAAGAGCUAGAGGAGAAAGAGUGAAGAGAAAAUAAAGAAACAAGAACAAAAGCCAGAUAGAAAAGAGAAGAAAGAAAGAUAAGAAAGACAGGAGGGGACAAAGAUAGAUGGGAAAGAGAAAGACACAGAGAAGGAUAAAGAUAGAAAUGAGAAGGAAACAGACAAAAAAAAAAAAAAAAAAAAAAAAACAAGAAAAAUAGAAAAAGGAAAAAAGUAAAGAUGAUAUUAAAAAAAAAUAGAACCAACACAUGUGUAGAGAGAAACAAAAGAGAGAAGAAAACACAAAUAUCACUCAUGCAUAAUACAGUGAAAGGAAAGGUUACAAUAUUGCAGUCAACCCAGAAAUUGCAGCAUGCCCUUGUUGAAACACUUAAUCAUGCACCAGUAUUGACUCCCUUUACACACACAUUGAAACUUGCACCUAAACCUUUGUCUUGCUGGGCCUUUGCAUUGAGUCACCCUGUAACUAGUGAAGAGAUGUGAGGAUUAGACUCCAGAGAACCUUUAGAGUGAACUUAAAUCUUUGGUUCACUGAGACUUUGUAUUGAAUUAGUAGUGAUAAGAUGUGCGAACCAGACUUAAGAAAAAGCAUACACCACCUCAGAUGUCAGUACCAACCUUUACUUUUAUCUUAAGCCUGGGAAAUAGACUUCAGAGGAACCGUAGGCCACAUUUAAAUCUUUGGCUCUCGGGGACUUUAUAUUGAGUCUGCAUCUUAUUACUAGUGAUGAGAUGUGAGGAUUAGACUUAAAGGAAAGCAUAGGGCAUCUGUUUGUCAAAAUCAACCUCUAUUUGGACCUGGAGGCUUGGGAAUAGACUUAGAAAACACAGGCAACAUCAGACUUCAAAAUUAAUCUCUAGUAAAAUCUGGAGCCUGAAAAAUAGAUGUAGGAGGAAUCAUAGGUGACCUCAGAUAUCAAUAUUAACCUCUGCUGGAAACUGGAGCCUGGAAAAUCUCUUUUGUUGUGUAUUGAGUGAUUUUGUGUGGUGGUGGUGGUGAUGAUGAUGAUGAUAAUGAUAAUGAUGAGUAAGCUAUGUAACCUCCAUCGUUGCACUUCCCAUUCUGUCGAUUAACAGUACCAUGUUAAUUAUAAUGAUGUGAAGAUUCUGUUGUUGUGAUUGAUGGGUUAAUAAGAAUGGCAAGAAGUUGCUGUACAUUUUAUUUGUUUUUUUAUUUUUAUUUAUUUUUUGUCUGGUAUACUAUUUAUUUACCAUGGCAAGUUGUUAUUAUUACUUUUUUUUAUUUAUUCUUUUCUGGCUAUACUUUCUCCAGUUUGGCUUUUUUUUUUCUCCUGUGUUAAGAUGAUGCAGCAGGUUCCUUGUGGCUUGUUUGUUUGAUUACAUUAAUUAUAAAUGGAAAGAUCAUGUGCUUGAGAGAAAUUGUGUAACUUAAUCUAAUCUUUGUUGUGAAAAUGUAAGGAAGUCAUUGGAUUUUUUUUUUCUUCCAUGUCCUUGUCCUUGUUUGUCUUGUUUGUUUUUCUUUUCUUUCCUUUCUUUCUGUCUUUCUUUUUUCUUAUAUUUCUUUUGGUCUUUCUUCCUUGUUCUUAUCCUUAUUUUUCUUGUUUCUUUUUCUUUUUCAUUCUUCCUUUGUCUAUAUUUUCUUGCUUUUUUAUUUAUUCCUUUCCAUUCUUGCUUUUUUCUUCUUCACAGCUAAGAAUAUUGUAACAAAAAAAAAUCUUAGCUUGACUUCUUUGCAUUCAAAUUUAUUUAAACUGCAUUGCACCUGGUUUUUUUUUUUUUUUUUUUUUUCUGGAUAAGUACAGAUCCACACUUUUUUUUUUAUUAUAUAUAGGUAUCAAUGGCUUAUGUUAUUUAUUGGGUUUUUGCAGGUCCAUUGUAUAAAAUCUUGGUUGUUGUAAAGUAUCAGUUAUUCUUUUGUUUUGUUGUUAUGUCCCUCUGUAACAAGUGUGAGGAUGUACAGUCGGGGUCAUAAGUCAAGUAACCUUGUGUACAGACUCUUUCACUGUGUCUGAUGGUCUGCCAAUCCACUUCUUCUUUGAUCUCUAUUGUAACUUGCCUUUAAGAUUUCUAGGAUCCUUUUCCUUCUUUUCUUUCUUAAUGAUCUCACUGUUUCAGACUUCAUAGGUAACUCCAGUACCUCUUUAUUCACAUCAGUCAUGUCCAGCUCUUCACUGAUCCCUAUUGUAACUUACCUUUAUCCCUUUCACUGCUGUUUGCCAUAUUUUCCCCUAAUCACUGACUACUCUGAGACAUCUUUUCUUGUUUCACAGCCACCUCCAAACAUUCUACUGGCUAAAAAAUAAAAUUAUUCUUUUUUAUCCUCACCUCUCUCUUGUAGAUACUUAUAAAGACUCCAUACAUUGCUUUUAGUGGUUAGAAUUGGAGUGUAUUGCAGUGAAAGGGUUAACAGUUCUUCUUGGUUCUUCCUUUUCCUUUCUUUCAUGACCUCCCAUUCUUUCAGACUUCUUAGGUGACUCUGGUACUUCAUUGUUCAUUCACAGCAGUUGUGUCCACCUCCUCACUGUCCUGUGUUGUAGCUCACCUUUAGCAGCUCUUCCAUUUCCUUUCUUCAUGAUCUCUUAUUCCUUUUAGACAUUUAGGUUACUCUUCAUUCAUGUCAUGUCUUUUCCACACUAGCUUAAUAUGUUUGGAUACAGGAUCAAGUUUUUUAAUACCUUAUAUAACGGUAUUUGAUUGUAUGCUCUCCUUGUAACAGUUCUCUUCAUUGAGCUCAUCUCCGUAGAUUUCCUGAUAUAGAACCUAAUUCUUUAACAUCUAACAGUACUAUUUGAUUCUUCUGACUCUUUAUAAGAGCUCUUUAUCUUACACUUCAUAAUUCAAUGUAUCCUCUCAAUCAUAGGUAUUCUAAUAUGGUAUCUAACUCUUUAAUAUAUUACACAGUGCUCUAAUUCUAUCUUCCUCUUAUAGCAGCUUAAUCUUACACUUCUUAAUUCAGCUCAAUCUCCUGUUUCUGAAGUCCUUGGAUCUGCUACAAAUCCACCCAUCCCAGGUUUUGUAAGGAGGGUGUCAGUGGAUCAGAGGGCCUAGAGACUGAAGAUGAGGCAGAGCACAGAAGGAAUGGGACUGCAAGAAGCUACAUGACUUAUGACCCAACUGUACAUGUAUGCAUUUCAUGGACUUGAAGUGUGAUAAUAUAUUCCACAGUGUUAAAAUGAAGAAAUAUGUGUGAUGUGAUCUGAGUGAGAAAGAUGAAUGAAUGAAAGAGAAUCCUCAU